UGUAAUACGGUUGACUGAAUUUAGAUUGUAGAUACUAAUUGUUUCGCCAGUUCGUGUUCGACGAACAUAUGCAUGAAUGAAGUACAAAAUAUAAAUGCUAUAAGUCGAACAUCGUCAUCUUCGUCAUCAUUAUCGAAUAGUGAAGUUCGAAAUUUACUAACUAUGGAACAAAUUGAAGAAAAUCGUAGUAAUUUAAUUGGGUUUAAUUUGUUAGUAUGGAUAACCGAAGGAUUAGGAAUUAUUUUGUUCUGUUUAGUAUUAUUUUGGAGUAUACAUUUUGGAGGUGGAUUUGCUUGGAGCUCAGACUUGAAUUUACAAUUUAAUUGGCAUCCGUUUUUCAUGGUCACAGGAAUGGUUAUUUUAUAUUCACAAUCAAUUUUAAUAUACAGAAUAUUCCGUGAAAAACGUAAACGUCAAUUAAAAAUUCUACAUGCUGCAUUACAUGGAAUUGUAUUUUUAUUGGCUGUUAUUGCAUUGAAAGCUGUUUUCGAUAACCAUAAUUAUUCAACACCACCAAAACCAAAUUUGUAUUCGUUACAUUCGUGGAUGGGCCUAACAACAGUUAUUUUAUUUGCUUGCCAGUAUGUUUCUGGAUUUGUCACCUUUCUGUAUCCUGGUCUACAACUUUCAGUUAAAGUUUUGUACAUGCCAGUUCACGUAUUCUUUGGAUUAGCUGGAUUUGUAAUGGCUGUUGCAACUUGUAUUAUUGGAUUGAAUGAAAAGGCUUUCUUAAAAUUAUCGGCAACGUAUGGUGAUUUACCUUCUGAAGGAUUGCUGGUAAACUUCAUUGGUACUAUAUUAUUAAUUUUCUCAUUUUUUGUAAUAUACAUAGUUACAAAAUAUGAAUAUAAAAGAUUUGCAAAAGAUGAAGAUGGUAAUUUAUUGACUGGUCGUCAAGACUGAAUUAAAUAUCGAUCAAUCUACAAUAAAGAAAAUAUCA